AUGAGCAGACCAUGGAAAGAUGCAGCAACCUUAAUUGUCCUAGCACGUGAUGCAGUUAAGAACUCAAAAUAUGAUUACAAAAUUUUAACUUUUAAAAGAACUGCAAAAUCGAGUUUUUAUGCAAAUUCAUUAGUCUUUCCUGGUGGUGCGAUGGACAAGUUUGAUGAGUCCCCAUCCUGGACAUCAUUCUUCAAGCACCACAAAGUCCCAUCCGAGCAACUUCGAAGACGAACGGAAGUCACAAAACCAUUCAUUUAUGAUCCACAAGGCAACAAUAAAAUUGAACGUGAAAUUUCACUCAGAUUGGCUGCAAUUCGUGAGACAUUUGAGGAACUUGGCAUUGCACUUUGUAGCCCAGCUUCAGACACAUCCAAAAGUAGUCCAUUUUCUGAUUAUUUUCAUUCAAAAGACUGCGACAUUCCAUUUUGGCAGAAGCAGGUCCACAACAGUCAUGAAACUCUUAUGAAUUUUUGUGAUAAAUUUGGAGUUGUGCCUAAUAUAGCAGGAUUGUACGAAUGGUCAGUUUGGUUGACUCCAAGCUUCUAUCCGAAGAGGUUUGAAACUGCAUUUUUUGUUGUGAUGUUAGAUUCAGUUCCUCCUUGUUAUGCUGAGAGUCAUGAGGUUCAAAGCUAUUCGUGGCAGACCCCAGAUGAGCUCCUUGCAGCCCACAGGAAUAAAACGUCAUUUCUUCCACCUCCUCAAUACUUCGAACUCCAUCGCUUCUUAAACCAAACAAAAAUCGACGACAUCGCAAGCUUCUCCAAAAAAGUCAGUGGAUCAUCAGUUCCUUUAAUUCUACCAAAACCAUAUCAACUGAAAGAGUCAAUAAUGCUGACUUAUCCAGGUGAUGACAUGUAUCCAGCAAUAGAAGAAAAAGGAUAUUACGAAGACAAUCACGACACACAAAAAUUCAAGGAUAAAACUUAUGAUGAGGCUAUGGAAGGAACCAAAAACUUUUGCAGAAUUGAGAUGAAAAAUUAUUUUGCUAGUCGAUUGCUGUGCAAUGUUGAUGAUGGUCUGCUGCCUGCAUGCAAUGAUGAGUUAUCGAGUAAAUUUUGA